GACACGUCAUGCCAGGGGACCGUUGAAAUGGUCUGCGCAUGCUUAUAAGCGUUCUCACGAAUUUUGACACGAACUAAGGAGCAGAAGAUGCGGGCGCUGUGUGUGUUUGCUUUGAUUGCGGUGCUGAGUGCGGUGACAGGAGAGGAAGGGGCUCGUCUUCUGGCCUCAAAGUCCCUGCUCAACCGCUAUGCUGUUGAAGGUCGCGACCUCACGCUGCAGUACAACAUCUACAAUGUUGGCACCAGCGCCGCCCUGGAGGUGGAACUCUCAGAUGACUCCUUCCCCCCUGAGGACUUUGGGAUUGUUUCUGGAAUGCUUAACGUCAAAUGGGACCGCAUUGCCCCGGCCAGUAAUGUAUCUCACACAGUUGUUCUUCGACCCCUGAAGGCAGGGUAUUUCAACUUCACCUCGGCCACUGUCAGUUACCUGGCACAGGAGGGAGGACAGGUGGUGGUUGGCUACACCAGCGCGCCCGGACAGGGUGGCAUUUUGGCUCAGAGAGAGUUUGACAGACGCUUCUCCCCACACUAUCUGGACUGGGCUGCGUUUGGAGUGAUGACCUUACCCUCCAUCGGCAUUCCCCUGCUGCUCUGGUACUCCAGCAAGAGGAAAUACGACUCCCCAAAGAGCAAGAAGAACUGAGCCACACCUGAUUGGCUGGAGGGGGACGGCCGAGGGGUCGGGGGUCAAGCGAUGAUGGGAGGUUUAGGAGUUAUUAAGGAAAAGGGGUAUCGAACAAUUGCAUUGAGUAACUUAAUUACCCAUAUUGGGGGUAAAAACUAUAAUUUUUUUUUUUUUUUUUAGGGUACAGAGGGUGGGUGUGGGGGUGUUGAGUGAGUGAGGAGUGAUGAGUAAAAUACUGGAGAAUGGCGUCUUAAUGUCUGGCUGAAACUGAGCUGACAGUUCAGCCAGGCAAGCUGGGAUUCCCUUCUGACCUCUGCUUCAGUGUGCAGUUUGUGUCUGAUCUGUUAUGCUGGUGUCUAACCGUAGGAUUUUUUUCUCGACCACUCAAAGGGUGCUGACAGUCAGGCAUUUGGAAAUAAACAGUUGAUUUUACAGAAACC